GUUUUGAGGGACAACAUGUUCGCCCAGUUCACCCAGCUGAAGAGCUUAGACCUCCAGCAGAACAUCAUCUCUGUGGUGGAAGAUGAUGCGUUUAGCGGCCUCUCCCAGCUCACCACCCUGCUCCUUCAGCACAACCGUCUAAGAAUGCUCUCAGAAGAAGUCCUGCUCCCUCUGCGCCGCCUCACCUACCUCCGGUUCUUCGACAACCCUUGGAGCUGCCGCUGCCCGCUGGACAGCCUGACACAGGGACGGAGGACGGAGACAAACCACAACCAGGUCAUCCACCAAUUAAAGUGA